AUCGUUGCUCGUCCGCUCUCUUCGAUGAUCACCGCCGCCUGACACAGACACACUAUAGAGCGCUCACUGCCAGGGCUACUGUUGCUGUUGCUGCUGUUGCUGCUGCUAGAUUGCGGCGCCGUAGAGCCCAAAGUGCUCCAGCCACUCAUUUGCAUAAACGCCGACGAGUCCUCGGCCUCCACUCUCUAUCAUACAAUACCUAUAUUCAUCAUCCCUUGACCUUAAGUCCCUACAAGUUAAUGGACAUGGACUCGCAACAAGCUAUCCGUCGCCGCUUCUCUGUUGCCGACCGUCUACCAGCAGACUUCGUUUUACCCACCACCAUCUCCAACUCGAAUUUUGAAACUGCCCCUGAUUCGACCAUUUCUUCUACCACAACUACCGCUGUCGCCGCCUCUGUCAACCCCAGAUACGUUCCUGCUCGCAACCUCGCUUCACACAACCGCCACGGCAGCAUGAGUUCAGUGGGAGGGAUUCCACCUCCACCUCAAAGAGACGAAACCAUCUCCUACAGACGUGGCCACACUCGUGCCAAAUCUAGCGUAUCCAGCAUGAACCGCCAGGUCAACCGACUUUCUUUGACGCUCCCAAUUGCACCCCCUACGAGCGACCCUUCCCGGCCAACACCAACAUCCUCUGCCAUGUCAUCAGUUCCUCCCACGCCAAUUGACUCUGUCAUUGCCUCACCGGCUGGCGCAAAUGAGUUCAUCAUUGCCAUUGCCGCUCAGGAAAGACGUGUGCUGGAACUGCGGGAGGAGUUGUCUCGUGCUGAGGCGGAAUUGACUUCACUAAAGAAGAAGUGGACUACACAAGAGAAGAAGGGCGAUCCCAUUCCCGUUGAGGCAUACCGCAGCCCGGUCCUGCCUUCAGAUGAUGAUGGCUCGUCGUUGAGGCGAAGUGCCGAGUCAGACCGCCGAAAAUUGCUGCUGCAGACGGGUGCAGUUUCUCCCAAUCGGAGAAGGGUCCUUCGCGGUGGACACACAAGAACCCUGUCUCUGCUCUCGCCGGCGAAGCUAGAAGGGGGUUUCUCAUUAUAUCAGGACCGCGAUCACGGGCACGAGCAGGUCAAAUUACCUUCGAUAGAGCGCCGGACCGCUCAAUUAACAAACCCUCAUUUAAACAAGCGUGCCUCGUGGCAGCCACGCACACAGCAAAACGUUCCCGGUGCAGCCCAAAUUGUCGAGGACUUUAAGCUGGGCCUCAGAGCUUUUGUUGAGGACAUCCGUCAAAUUACGGUUGGGGACGAACCCAUCAACGGCCAGCCCGUUCGCUCCAACAGCGUCAACGAUCGCAGCGAAACGUCCCGAACCCAGGAUACAGUCCGAGCGAAUCGCCCACUUCGACCCAAAGUGAGCACAGUGUUUGAGCCACCCCACAACAACUCUGAGACUGCAGAGCGCUCAGAGACAAAAUCACAAACCUCAACGACAACAGCGUCAAAAACUCGGCCCGAGAUGCCUGCACGGAGUAAAACCAAAUCGAAGAACAAGUCUUUCUCUUGGCAACCUCUUGGAUUCGACUCGAUGGACGACAAUGACUGGUCUAAUUGGGAGUCUCCGGCUUCGUCCUCUAAGACGUCUCGUUGGAGCGGCUCUACUAUUGGCAGUAGUGGACUGGACGAUCUGUCUGCUACUUCGGACGAGGGAGAACCUGCGGACUCGCCCUCUAAGAAAAAGUCGUCCGGGUACGAAACUCCUCUCCUCUCCCCCAAACUCGAGGAGCUUCUACCCAAUAUUGUCAACCAAUUCUCGCCCAGCAAUCUCAAGCGUACAGCGACAAACCUGAUGGACGAGUGGGAAAAGUCCCUCACCGACCCCAACUAUCCUCACCAGUCACAAGCUCAGGAAAACACCGCUUAGAAGGUUUUCGUCAGAGUUUCCACAACACAUCUAGACUAUGUUGAACAUACACAUUUGAAGCGAUUUUCACAAAAUUACUUUACAUAAAACGGCCAGGCGUACACAGAUUCGGUAUCACAGACCGGUAUUUCACGACGAAGAUCAGGAAGAGAAGAAAAAGGAUGCUUGUCGGGACGAGUUUACAUGUAAUGGCCGACAUUUCCUUUUCAGUUUGUUGGCACUUUGGGGGCCUUGUUUAAACUGCGAUUUGUAAAAGCUGUAUGCUUUUUGUUUGCUUGGGACUGUCUCUUUUAUAGUUUUUGACUUAUGGCUUGUGUAUGGGUUCUCGAGGCAUUUGCUUGGACUAUCUGUGUACAGGCUGUAAUUUGGUUUCACGGUGUUGGGAUUACGAUGGGAAGAUGAUACUCAUGAGUGACGACUACCAAAUCGUCGCAUUCUAAGUCAAUUCAGUUUAUAUUCAAUAUUUAUCACAUCAACUCUCUGAAACA